CUUGAAUCGGUCGCCUCACAGACAGACCAACACAAACCUAUUUUUACAGCCGGUAACGGUUAAAAGUGGGAUUCUUGAAAGAAAAAACAACGCUUUGUUGUAAAACGAAAGGCUCAGUGUCAAUAAAGAGCCUAAAUUUUCUGUUGUUUUUUGAGUUCUUUUUCAUUCAUUUUUAGACUCCCCAAUCAUUAUGUGUAAACACAUUAAAAACGCACAAGUCUCUAUUCGAACGGCGUGCUGUCAUCGUUGGGUUGACUGCGUUGAAUGUCAUAAUGAGAUUGCUGAUCACCCUUUGCUGAAAACAGCUGAGCUUACACUGAUUUGCAAAAAAUGUCGGAAGGCCUUUCGCAAAAAUCUCACAGAUGAGAUAGACGAGAGUGACGAGUAUUGUCCUCAUUGUGACAACCACUAUGUAAUUCCGGCAGUGACAGAGGCAGAUGUUGAACGUAAACGAGCCGAAAAAGAGCUCGAGAAGAGACGGGCAGCCUUUGAUAUCCGUUAUGUGAAGGAAGAAGACCUGUUGUUCACCGAAGACAUGGAGGAUGUCACUAGCCGUCUUGGAUAAUGAAUGAAUGAGUCACGAAGGCAAAGCCGUUGACGGAAGAGAAUGUAUGCUCAUUCGGUAAUUGUGGAGAGUAACUGCAUGAGUCUAUUGUUCAUUCGUAUUGUAGAAAUUACAUGCUCGGUGCAUGAACGUGGUCAACUAUGCCUGCAUAGUAUAAUCGACUUCAAAGUAAGGCAACAUAGUCGAUAUGAACUUCAGAAAAAGAACCAUGUAAUGGUCAACUUCGAAAGACUCGCCCCGAUUUGCAUACUGCUUCAUCAAUUUGAGCAAAACGCUUGCGUGCUUGCAUGGGUGAACACUAGCCAUUGAGUUGUGGGAAUGGAAGUGUGGGAAGGGUUCCAUAGUAACGGUUUUCCCGGCAUGUUCAACGGAUACGUCUUCGUAGAUGCUCUUCAUACUGAGCAGCUGCCCUGAACUAUCCCAACCUCUAAGGUACAGACGUGGUGUACGAUAAUAUUUGUCGUAAGCAAUGUAUAGAUCAUAAAGUCUCGCUUUUGACUGCAUCACUGGAGCAGCUUGAACGUCGUCUUCUUCAUCAUCAUCGUCUUCAUCAUUAUCGUCGUUAACUUCGUCACUAACAAUAAAAUCAUCGAUGUCGGGUAUAGCAGAAGCUGAUGUUGUUUCUGUGGUCGCUCCGGUUCCAGAAACGGUGUCUGUUGCCGUUUGUGUUUCAGGACUUGCAUCAUCCGGAUGGUCCGUUUCAAUAUCUAUCCAAUCUUCUUGUACAUUUACCUUCACUUCCCUUGGAAUGCUAUAAACUAAAUUGAAUAGUCAGAAACUCAUUCGCAAGUGUAUAUCGAACAAUCUUACCGUGCUUUGUGACCAGGUACUGUCGAUCCUUUGGUAGAAAAUCGCGAAUACGGUCUCCUGUUUCCCAUUUCCACGUAGGAAACUUUCGCACCAAGUAAUCACCGGCCAAUACAAACUAUUCUUCUGUUAGAGAUAAUUGUUGUGACGAGGAAUGGCGAGCGAAUUGCCAAUUGCGUACCUGCUCAGGGCUAAUCAUGCCUGUUUUCUCAAAGUUUGAAUCUUUCACCGGAGGAGUGAUGUGCUGUCUCCAAUUCAUAAACGCUGAAGCUAAACGUUGAGUCAUGGUCUUUCAUAAAAAUUGUGUCGCAAGUUUGAAAAAACGCGAGUUGUUUACAGAGUUAAGUUAUAAACCAAUUGCUCAACCAGCAAGAAGCCUCUCAAAAAUAAAACGAAAUAUAU